GACAAUAGUGAGUGGUGCACACUUCCCCUCGCCCGGCCACAGACCAACAAAAGUCCCAUUUAAGAGUUGCUGGUGUAACAAUAGGAAGAAUAUAUUCCACUCCUCUCUUCUACACGCGGCUUAUGAGAUGAAAGCUCGUCAAGAAGAACGUCCCCUUCAGCAUCAGGAGGAUCCACAGCCCCCCCACUUUAAAAAAGAAAAGGAGGAUCUCUGGGUUACUCAGGAGGAAGAGUUUCUUCCAAGGCAGGAGGAGGCGGAUCUCAGCAAGUUUCCACUGACUGUUGUCUCUGUGAAGAUUGAAGAGCAUGAAGACAAACCACCUGAGUCCUCACAGCUUCAUCACAGUCCAAACGUCUGUGCAGAACAUCUUCUCUCUGAGCAACAGAAGUGGAGCGUCAAGAUGGACAAGGAGGAGCCACAGCCCUUCCACAUUAAGGAGGAAGAAGAGGCGCCACAUACAUUGCAAAUGCAAAGGGAAGAAAAUAACCCACUGACCUCCCAUUUUAAAGAGGAAGAGGAGGAACACAGCAUCAGUCAAGAAUGGUUGGAGAAGUUCCCUGUGAUUGUGAAGAGUGAAGAUGAUGAGGUCAAAGGUGAAAGUGAGGAGAUGAGAGAGGCGGAGCCUCCAAGCAGCAGCUCAACCCAACACAUGACAACGGAAGCUGAUGGAGACCACUGUGGAGGAUCACAAGCAGACAAGCUCUUAGCUCCACUAUCAGAUAGUGAGGACACAACGUCACACUCUCCUGACACUGAUGAUGAAGACUCUAAAGAUGAUAAGACAUGUCACACUGACAACACUCACUUCACAUGUUCCCACUGUGACAAAACAUUUAAAUACCAUUGUCAUCUGGUAAGACACAUGAGAACACACACUGGAGAAAAAACAUUUUCAUGUUCAAUCUGCGGUAACGAUUUUACUCAAAGGGGCCAUUUCAAGGCACACAUGAGAAUACACACUGGAGAAAAACCUUAUUCAUGUUCAAUCUGCGGUAAAGAUUUUACUCAAAGAUCACAUUUCAAUACACACAUGAGAAUACACACUGGAGAAAAACCUUUUUCCUGCUCAGAAUGUGGUAAAAGUUUUGUAUUGAUUGGCAAUUUAAAAGUACACAUGAGAACACACACUGGAGAAAAGCCUUUUUCAUGUUCAAUCUGCGGUAAAAAUUUUACUCAAAGGCAAAAUUUGAAAAGACACAUGAGAACACACACUGGAGAAAAGCAUUUUUCAUGUUCAAUCUGCGGUAAAGAUUUUACUCAAAGAUCACAUUUCAAUACACACAUGAGAAUACACACUGGAGAAAAACCUUUUUCCUGCUCAGAAUGUGGUAAAAGUUUUGUAACAAAUCAAAGUUUAAAAGUACACAAGAAAACACACACUGGAGAAUAACUGUUUAUAUGUUCAAUAUGUGGCAAAAGUUAUAUAGAAAGACGACAAUUAAAAUUACACAUGAUAGAGCACUCUGGCAAAACAAACAUACUCCUGUUCAAGCUGCAACAAAAGCUUUUGUCCCCGACAAUCUUGUACAGUGCACAUGAGAACACACACAUGUGAGAAAGUGUUGAGUUGCAGUGUGUGUGGUGAAAGAUUCUCUUGUAAGUACCAGUGUAAGAAACACAAGUGUGCUGGUGAGAACAGCAGCAGCAAAUGAAGAUGCAGGAUUUGAAAUAAACUGUCAAGACUUUAACUUUGACUUUCUAACAACAUCUCAAAAGCAAAGGUAUGAACACAUACCUUUACUUUUGAGUACACAUAAAUCCCUCUUAGUUCAUAUUUACUGGUUCACAUCUGAAACAUCUUCUGGACCACUUCUGGAAGCAUAUUAUUAUUUACUUUAUACAUCAUCUCAGCAGUUCUCUUUUAUACAAGAUCAUUUACUUUUGAAAUGUGUGACUUUAUUAUUCAUUUGUUGGGUCUGUAUAAUCCAUUAUUUUAAUUGUCUUUAUUACUUUCUUUUGUAAUAUGAAUAUUGUUUUGUGAUUGUUUUAUAUGUAUGUCCCCAGACCUUUAUACAAUAAAGAAUGUAUGCUUCAACUAAA